AUAACAGCUGGGCCGAAAAAGUGGACCUGCAACCAGUUUCAUCCGCCCUGAUUCGGAAAGAAUCGAACGUCAGAUGGAUGCGAAAUAGGGUAUUGGGCCCUUAAAUCCAUGUGCGAAACAUCAAGAAGGUGUAUUCUUUCUUCAGAGUUUACGAAAACUGGUAUGACAUACUGAUGUGAAAUCGUUUUCUAGAACCUCGGGUAAACACGUGCCGGUGCCAACUCUUAGUGGAGAUGGUUGGAUUCCAGUGAAAGAGCAGGUGAAAGAGUUGCUGAGCUUGAAAUCUCUGUAAACCAUGCCUCUCAAAAUUGGAAGCAAAUUGAAUGAAAGCAGUGAGAGUCUUCCAGGACAUUUGACGUGGACGCUGUCAAAAGAUGUAUUCCAAAAAGUAUUAUCUGGCGCAACUUGGCUAUCAAAAUCAGUCCAAGUGCAGAAUGGGCAGUUCGGGGAGCAUCAACCACUGGUGCACACAAUAAAUAGGAAUUAUUCCUGUAACGAAAUUUAUCAAGGGAAAGGUAGAGAGACUCCAGUAUUUCCAGGUUAUCAAGUCAAUGCUAGAAGAGCUCUGUGGCCGUCUCGAAAUAACAACCUCCCAUCGAAUCUCAACCCACUCGAUACAGUGACUAUAUCAGAUGUCUGCAGAUCUGCGACACCCCUCAUUCCACCGGUACCUGAACAUGAAGAGGGUGUCAGUUGGAUUACUGCAUCUUUCUUACUCAGCAAUGCAGCCCUUGGAAUCGGAAUACUUAACUUUCCAGCUGCUUAUGAUUUAGCUGGAGGAAUCGUAUGGGCUACUGGCGUACAGUUACUUAUGCUAGUUUUGAUCAUCUUAACCAUGCUCAUCCUUGCCCACUGUUCUGAUGUUAAUCUUGAUGUCACCUACCAUGACGUCCUCUUGUCCAUGUGUGGCCGAAGUGCGCAGAAACUGGCUGCAGUGUCCAUUACUUGCACUUGCUAUGGAGUAUGCGUUGCUAUAUUUAUUAUCAUUGGUGAUCAACUUGAUAGACUUUUCUUGGCUGCCUUUGGUUCGACGUUCUGCCAUCAUUGGUAUCUGGAACGACAUUUCACUAUAACAGCAGCUUCUCUUCUGCUAGUUUUACCCAUCUGCUAUUGCAGAAGAGUAGAUUUCCUUAGAUAUGCAGGGUCUUUGGGUAUUUUUGCCAUGUUGUAUCCAGUGUUCCUAACCGUUUAUGGAUAUUUUAAGCUCGACAUAAAAGAUGUAGAAAUCAAGCAUGAACCUGAAAGUAUUUCUAAAUUGCUCGUCGUUGUUCCGGUCUUUUGUCUGGCUUACCAGUGCCAAGAAGUUGUAGUUCCUGUAUACGCCUGCAUGAGGAAGAGGUCCCUGGGAAAUUUCGCGAAGUCUUGCUGCGCGACCAUGUGCUUCUUGUUCAUGAUUUAUUCCAUCAUUGGAUGCUUCGGGUACUUGACAUUCGGGGCCAUGGUUUCCCCCAAUGUCAUGAAGAUGUACAACGCUGAGGAUCCUGUCGUUAUGAUUGGAAUCGGGGCCCUCAUCCUCAAAAUGGUUGUAACAUAUCCAGUUCUGGCACUUUGUGGCAGAGGAGCUGUCGAUGGAUUAUAUUCCGAAAUAUUCCGACUCUCAGCUGCGGAUUUCGUGAAAGGUGAAAGAAGGAGAAGAAUCAUCAUCGCGACCCUGUGGUUCAGCUCCUCACUUCUCAUAGCCCUAAAUACCAGCAGCAUCGGUACUGUGAUACACGCACUUGGCUCGAUUUCUGCAGCCAACGUAUUCAUUUAUCCUGGUAUUUGUUUAAUGCAAGUCACGCUUCAGACGGAUCCGGGUAUGAAAGAAAGAAAGAGCUAUUUUUUGAUCGUGGCAGCCGUUUGUUUGGCUGCUCUCGGAGCUUUCUUCUUUGGACUUAUCAUUGUCGAUUCAUUCUUCAAUGGGGGAACUACUAAAGCAGUCGAAAGUCUUUGUUCCUGAAUGCUGUCAGCGGAACUGGUGUUGUUUCAGUUCCAUUUUCUGUGACCUGAAUGACUGAAUUUUACGAACUUCAAAUGUGUGAUCAAAUUUCUUUUUCGAGAUAGAACGAGAGAGAAAACAGGAUUUUUUUUUAAAUGAUAAUUCAAAUAAUUUAACAUGAGAGAUAUAAAAAGUGUUCGAAUUAAUAAAUCAGACUCCAUGACAUUUUUAUGUGUUUUCCCUAUUAAUAUAAGAUGCUUUAGAAUAUCAUCAUUAUACUGUGUGACAUUCAGAAAAACGAACAAUAUCCUGGAGAUAUUAUACAAUAUCGUCUGCUAAUAGAUUUAACUGCUAAUUUAUGAACGUACUAAAUGACAUAAUUGAAAGACUAAAAAUACCUUUAGAGGCAAAAGUUGAACUUUUCAUAAAAACGCAUAUAUUGCUUACUGAAUUUUUUUCAAUAUCAUGUAUUACAUCAGACCAAAAAUAAAAUUCGUUUCAUUGGCGUCAUCUUUA